ACUUUUUCAUUCCGUUAGCCCGGAAUGUGCUGCGCUCCACUUUGGUUUGAAUCCAUAUGGCAUGCUCUCACUCUCCCUCUUCGCCGUGGAGCCGUAGCACUCCGCCACUGUUAUUGAUGUUUUUUUCCUCGACAUUUCCAUGGUAACUGUCCUGUCUAAGGUCUGAUUAGCAAGCGAAGAGCUGAGCAGAGUGUGAGAAUGGAACUGGAGGAGAAAAACCCGGACCCUAAAUACGGUAAGAACAAUGUUUCGCCUAAUUUGACUCAUCUAUCUUCGAUCUUUGAUUUUCCUCUAACGGGGGGAAGAAAUGGAAACAAUGACUGCAAGGGAUGGAUGGGUGUGGACCUCAUGCUUCCAAUGCAGAUCUGGAGUCAGCUUCAUUCAACACUCAGCCGCUUUAUUUUAUUCUCAGUUUCAGUUUUUGUCGGAUCUUUUACAAAAUAACGUCGACGUGUUAACCAUAGUUUGACAGUAUAUUGUUACAUUUUGAAUGAGUUUCUGUAUUUGGCCUGUUUGCCUUAUUUUUAUCAGGUUAGGCUUUGCCCAAUGCAGAUAAAUGUAGCCUCUAAUGAAGCCACAAUAAAACCUCAAUAGAGUCAUAUAUUACCUGUAUAUAUUUCUGAUGUAGUGUGUGUUUUCUGUCAUGACAGGAUCUAUACUGUACAGUAGGUACAGAACAGGCCGCAGAGGAGGUGUUGAUGGUAUAAUUGUGCUUCACAUAAGGUCCAAACAACAUGCUUUAUUUUGACAUAUGGUUAUUUCAGCCACAAACACACACACAUACAUUUACUUUAGUUGUGUUGCUUUUCUUCACAAUAACUCUUAACACAUUAUGGAAAAUGUGUGAUGUAAACCAGCCAGAGAUGUGACACAUCAAUCCUCCAUGAGUCACACAUGCAUUUUCUCAACAGUACCAACUUAUCAGGCCUCUGCAGGCCGGUGUGGUCUUGUGGUGUCUGGCUUUAGUUGCUGCUCAUGUGAACUGUUGAGUCAUGAAGAUUUUGAAACUGGUGUUUUUCUUGCUCUAAUACCCGGUGUCAAUAUUUAAACAGAGAUUUCUCAAAGCAAACCAGAGUCCUCACCAUCAUACACUGCCGUCGUAAAUAUAGGGCUCUCUAAUGAUGCCUAACUGUUGAGUUGUUUUGCUGUUCGCAGUGUGAGAUGCUCCUAGCUGCCCACACCCACUGUGCAAAUUCAUAUCCUCUCUAGUCAAUCUAUGGGACUCCUACUGUGGAGCAUUUCCUUGACACUUUCCUGUUACCAUAGAAAAACAGUUCUUUCUCCCUAGCUCUCCUCCCCCAUGAAGGCCGAAAGGUCAAAAGCCACAAGUCCUCUAAGCAAAGAUUAUAUCAAGCAAACAUAGAACACACAUCCCAGCUCAUCAGCAGUUUUUAUUCGCGGAGUUUGACCUGUGAGCAAUCCCAAGUUGUCUACCAUUAGUUACUCCUACAUUUUCCCCUGUCUAGGUUGCUGUGCAGGCAGGCUGCAGCCUGCCUGCCUGCCUGGAUUGUGUUCAGCCUCGCCUGCUCUUCCCACUCAGCAGACAGAGUCGUGAGAUUUCCUGUCAAUAUCAAGCUGGCAAAAACUUAGAUGCGGUACCACACACGCUCGCUCCAUGUUCACACACAGGCAUGAUUACAGCACACUGGAGCAAUAGUGUGUGUUUCACAAUAAGCUCCUGUCAAUAUCAAGCUGGCGUUUUGGGAAAAUCCGACAAACUGUUGCUGUUUGAUCGGAGCAGCGGUGGAGAGGAAAGAGACAGAGAUCAGAGCCAGUAGUUGUCAGGUUUCAAGUGUUGUAGAGAGAGACGUACUUUUUCCCUUCACUUUCCCUGUCAAGUAUAUAGGGCAAUAGCUUUAUUAUAGUUGCUGUCAAGCUAAAUGAGGUCAAUGGCCCACAGCAGUAACAGCUGGCAGCAGAACAGAGAGAACAGUUUAUGUGAAUCCAUCAAGUUGCAUGUGUGAAGAGAUUUAAAGAAAAGGAGUCAAGAAGACAAGAUGUACUCAAAAUGCUUAUAUGGUCUGUGUGCACACUAACAUCCACAGUGCCCACUAAGCCAUUAUGGUAGCCAUAGUAGGAUUGAUCUGUAACCCCUCUGGGCCCAUUAGCAAGUCAUUUUGGUCAUGACGUCACCUCUUCUUGGUAUUUUAUCUGAGGACUCAGUCGUACUCUCCUUCAGCAUUCGUAUCUAUUUCUAGUCAAACAACAGCCAAAAUGUUAGGAUUUCACCUAACGUGGUUUGAUGUUUUUAACUGGAAUGACCUGAAUGUAGUCUGGGGUGUUUUUCUCCACAGCGACCUCUGCUGCUGGAUGAUGAACUAAGGCUGACCACACAGGAGAAGAAAUUACAGCAUUAACACAUUUCUUUGAGACCAAAACUCUUAAUAAAGUUGAUUCUUUCACUGGAAUCCCUUUAAAUUGCACACAGAGAUGGACAGUGUUAAUUAUUGAACAGUAAUUUUCUCUCUAAUGUGUAUCCAUUCAGAAUGUGGCCUGUGAGUUAGAGUGGUUGUAGGGCAGGUUGGUUUAGAGUCUGUGAAUGGAUGUGUGAAUAAACAGACUCUGACAUGAUGUGGACAGUACUUUGAAUGGUCAGAGAUAGAAAUAGAGUUAUUAACUGGUCGGGUUAUUGAUGGUAUUUCGAAAUAAUGAGGCUGAUUUUAAAAAAAGGACAAAUCAUGUUGACAGACACAGAAUGCAGCCUGUUUGGGUAUUAAAAAUCCUGUAUUGGUUUGCCACUAUAUUCAGAGGAUUAACAAAGCCCAGGACAAGUGUAAACUGUUUUCCAACAGAUAAAUUAUAACACCUCAUUGACAGUAGGGCUGGGCGAUAUGGCCAAAUCAAUAUCUCGAUUUACCUCGAUAACAAUAAAUAGACGGUAACUACUCCACAAUCUGCUCACCUCCUCCCACAUUAAAGGUGGGGUAGGCAGGAUUCCGUUAAAUAAGCAUCUUUUGGUAUCAGCCAAUAGCUAUUAUAACAUUUAAAUUAUCUGAGCAGCCCACUCUUUCUGACUGUAAACAAAGCCGUUCUCCACCUCCCCAACCUGAUUGGUUGUAAGGCAGACGCUGCUCCCUUAUGUUGUGAGGCACGCUCCACGUCCUCGAAUAACUUUCACGAGACUAAACAAAGUUAGCGUGCUGCAAUAUCGGACAGUAGCAACCGACCAGAAAGUCUGGAGAAUUGUCUGAAUCCUUCUUUGGCCACGACUGCUGACACAAGCAAGAAAACGAAGUAAAUACCAGAGACUGGUGGAAUAACGGGCGCUUAAAAAGGAGGUAGACCAGACAAGAGCUAAAAAGCCGAGUCAACAUCAAUGAAGCAUAAACAUGGGAGACACUUCGCGAUCUUAUGUACCCUGUAACCUUUCUGCUGGUAAACCGCUUUAACAAAGUAAACCAAGUGUCUGUAACAGAAGUGUUUCUUGUCAAACGAGACCUGCUGCAUGUUGUAGCACCGCUAAUCUGUUUACCUCGGGUCCUGGACUAUGUCACUUUAUCCUAGUUGUAGAAGUCCUGUAGACAUUGUGUUUGCUGGUAGUCUGUUGGCAUCUACUGAUUCAUGAUUCAUGAUAAAUACAUAGAAUAUUACUGAAAUGAUCAGUCGGUCUUCUUGUCGGCGUGAAGAGCAGUAGCCUACAGUAUAUUGAGUGUUCCUCAUUUUUAUGAUGUUCGUGAGUUAGCUUUAUUUUUAUUUAUUCAUACAGGCUAUUUAUUUUAGAGGAUGACGAGUGUGUGAGUUUGACGAGACAGAGGUUGACAAAAUAAUCAGACUCACACCCGCUACAGUCUGAAUAAUAAGCUGAAAAGAAUUAGUUUAUCAUCUUUAUUACAGUUAAAAUAAAUCGCCAGGGCUGUAGUGUAAGUCAUAUUAUGUAAACACAAUUAGAAAAAUGCUUAAUGUAGACUAUGAGUUUGAAAAUGGCCCAUAUAUAACCAGACAGAUUCUUUUAAACAAUGCAUAUUUAAUGCAUACUUGCUGUUCUCUCACUUUAUUUCUUUUUGUUGUUGUAUUUACAGAUGUCAAAAGAAAGCGAGCGUAGCAAGGUGUGGGAUCACUUCACCUUGAGCAAAAGUGUUGGAAGUUAAUUUAACUGUUUGCACUUUACACAAAAUACCUUAUUUUUUUCAGUUGUUUUAGUAAUAAAAAGAAUUUGAAAUGAGUUUUCUGCCUUUAAUUCUAUGAAGAAGUGUUUGAAAGGCUCAAAAGCAGCCAUUUAUUAGAAAAAUAAGAAAAUAUGAAGAUAUAUUACUUAAGUUAACAAAAUUUUUAAAACGUCAUAAAAUUUUUAAAAAAUGACCGAUUUAUCAAUUAUCAGACCCCCCCCCCCCCCCCCCCCCUAAUAUUUCGAUAUUGGCAUCGUCCCCAAAAAAAUCCAUAUCGGUCGGGCCCUAGAACCUUCCUCCAUCUCCUCAUACUUUUGGUUUACUGCCCGGCCCUAUUUGACAGUCACUACAGUUAUUUCAACAGCUUAAAUCAGUUCAGAGAUUUUUUAUAUUUAUUUAUCCUCAGGUGUGAAAUAUCCCCUCAAAAACUAAACUUGUUCCUUCAUGAUUAUUAUCUCUCUCUCAUUAUAAAUUGGCCUUUUAUUUCUUUAAGAUCACAAGGUUGAUGAAAGUGGCAAAAACAAUAGCAGUGAGAUCAUUUCAAAAGAGGCCAUCCUCUGCUUCAUUAAUGAGAAAGACUGAACCAAAUUUAUUUAGUUGAUUACACAAACAAACACAACUAUGAACUCAACAUUUGGACGUCUUAAGUCAAAUCUGCUUGGAAGCUUUUAAGCACCACCAGAGAUUGUUUAAUGGCACAAAGAAAGCAAAGAGCUGCCUGUUCCUGCAGCUCCAGUGGAGCUGUGUCACUCACAUGCACAGAUGGCCCGAGAAAUUAAAAGAAGACUUUCAGUGUUUCCGCUGUUUGGUGAAGAGAAAGAGGGAGAGUAUAAACACAGACUGCAGGCCGGGGCGGGGGAGGGUGUUAGGAUUGAACAGCUACUGUUCACCUUUUUACACUUUUUUUUUUUUGACAUUAUCAUAUUCAGUGCUAAAAGUCUGCUAUACCAGUUUGUUACUACAGCCAGAGGGCUAAGUUAAUUGUUUUAAUUAUAAAUACAGCCACACUUUACAGGGCGUGAAAAAGCAGAAAACCCUCUUUUUAAAAUAGUUUCUUUUUUUCAGUUCUGACACAAAAACAGGCGUAUUACUUCUGUAUUUCACUGUGCAGCUGUUUGUUUGCAUAAACUUCAGAGAAAGUACCCCAGCGUCAUGUGCGUAUGAUUUAAUGUCACUGAGCUAACAAAGACAAGGAACAAAGAGAAAACAAGUGGGUCUGUUUGUGUACGGGGAUUAUGGGUAAUAACGAGACUACGUUAUUUCACAGGCCUUUUAUUCUGGGCCCACAUGUUUGUCUGUUUGUUCUCAUUUAUCACCGUCCACAAUGAAUUCAGUUUUUUCAUGGAGUUAAGCUUUUCAUGUGAGAUCGUUAGCUGCUAUUAGGGAUGGGCGACAAAUUAUCGUUCAUGAUAUAUCGUCAGGAAAAUUCCUCCACAAUAAAUAUUUGCCUUUUGACCAUAAAGCGAUAAAUGCAAGUUGAUAAUGUAAAUGCAAGCGGAAGCCCACACAGAUCAGUAUAACAAACAAGCAUGGCAGAAGGUGGUGAAGAAGAUGUUUCUGAGCUGCUUGUUGCUAAACGAGGCCCCACAUGAGGGAUUUCCUUUAAGAUUGGGGUUUAGAUGAGUGCAACCAGGUCUGCCUGACAUCGGACAGUGGAUCUGCUUAAAUGUUUUCACAUUUGAGACUCGUUUGAUGUCACUAGUUUUCUUCUUUUACCUACCACUUAAACUUGUGGUUAAGUGUCUUAUUUGACUAUUUCAACUGGUGGUGUCAAGACAAAAUUAGUCAAAAAAGUAGAUAGUAAUUAUAAUGUUUUUUAUCGGGACUUCUUUCGUUAUCGCCAGAAUGGCAUAACUUAUUGUGAUAAAUAAUUUAGUCUAUAUCGCCCAUCCCUAGCUGCUAUCACACUUUACAAUUGGAUACAGUUAUGCUACUUCACCCCUCUUUUUCAGCUCCAUGGCUAAAUGUAUGAAAGCAAAUCUACGACACAAUUCCUGUGUGACGCUUCUUAUUUCACAAACUGAGUGAGUGGAUAACCCUCAAUAAGACAGUGAGAAAGACAAGUAUACUUCUUUAAAUGUUGAACUAACACACAUUUAUCACCUUCAAAAAUCCCAAAUCUGCUCAGCCUUAGAUUCUGAGGAUUUGAGAUCACUUCAGAAGUAAAAAGGUUGAGUUUCAUUUUGCGUGGACUUGGCACUGUGUAUGUGACAGGCAUGUGCGUGCGAUCAAUAGCUAGUAUUGUAUUUCAUGCUAUGGCACGCAGUCUGUCACAUGGCAGCUGAGGUGGGCAGAGAGGGCCUCGGCGCUCAGUCAUCAGACCCACUGUCUCAUAUCAGAUCUAAACGCCGCCUUGUUUACUUCAGACACAUGAUUUACCUUAAUCAGAUCUUUGUCUCGGCAGGGCGUGCAACUAUCGCUGUAAAGUGUGCUGCUGUUUUUUGAGUAGGUGAUGCAAAGCUUGAAAGUAGGAGGAUGUGGUAAAAGAUCUGUGACAAAACACAGCUGCGAGUAUAAACAGGAAACUCAGAAAACACAAAGGCUAUGAAUUAUAUAAUGUAUGGAUGAAUGUUAAAAACUGAAAAGUAGAAGUGGGUGAAGUACGGUGAUUUGCUUCGCUGUUUCUCUAUAAAGGGUGUUGGCCUCAUAGCUACUGCCAAGUUAAAGUGCAGCUGCUCUGCAAAGAGACGCACAUAUGAAAAACAACAACUAUCCAAGCAAAACGAAAGUAACUUCUUAUAGGCUGGAGUUUGAGAUAACUGUUUUGAUGCAGGUUGAAACACAGUCCCCAUAUCAGAGCAUUUCCUUGCAGUCAAACCUCUUUAUUUUGGCAACAGGAGGUUCACAGGCGCCACAAGCCUGACGCCUCUGCUGCUCCUCUCUCCAUUUCCACAUCAGAAGUGCUUGACUUCAGUUCCCCUGACAAGUACUGAGCAGAGACAGAGAGAGAGAGGCCAUAGACAGACAGGCAGAGGAAAUAGGGUUAGAGCAAUGUGUUCAGCAGAAGACGGAAGUGAAGAGUUAAAGAUUUUAAGACCGACCAUCAAGAAACAGCUGCUACACGACACACCGCAGGAAAUUUAAAACUGAGAGAGAAUGACAAAAUACAAAAAACAAGGUACUGUAACGGCCUGUGAGGGCUCCAUUUAUCAUCAACUUCAGGGUAAUGAUUUAUUAAAUUUGUGGUUAUGGUCAUAAACUGCUUGGGUUUACAGUCCGCUCUCUGUCCCACAUUUCACCUACAUCAUACCUUCAAGUGUGUUUGUGUUUCCUGUUUUAGGUGUGUAUUAGAUUUUGCUAAUAUUUGUUGCGGUAGCAGAUGGUGUAUAAACACAAACAGUGGUGAAAGUAGCUGGGUUUGCCUUGAGCAUUGCAGAGUAAAGAACAGUUAAAGCCUUUGACAUCCUGACGGAGACGGUUCGAUGACAGCUCGUGCGAUAAAGAGGAUGUGUAAGAGACUCUCUGUUGAAAUCUUCAAGCUGACUCCGUGUUCAGGCACAUUCAGAGUCUAUGAAACACUGACUGGUCGUCUCGGCUCAUGAUGACCUCACUCUGGGCAGAGAAGGUGCGGUUCAUGUUUCUUUGCUGCCAUUUCUGAGGUGUUUCUAUGGUUGCUGCCAGUGUCCACCGGGGAGCCCUCAGUCGCUGGGGAGCCAUUUUGUCUGUUGCUAGGCAUGACUGAAGAAUCCUUUUGUUGUCCUUUGUCUUUGUCAGCAGUGACAUUUUCAGCACCUGCAUCCUCUCUAUUUUUGCUCGCGUGAAGUUGACUGAUGGUCUUAGAGAGAAAUGAUGAGCCAACAAGGAAGCUUUAAAGAAGAGCGAAGGCCACGAACAGCUCAGAUCAGAUGAUUAUUCAUCAUUAUUGUUGUGAAAUUAAAGUGUUGAGAUGACACCUGGCAGUUCAGACUUGGUAAAGAUGCAGUAAAGUGAGUGUGUUGAAAGAAUCACCAGGAUGGCAAAUAAAUCAAGUUAAAUACCUGUAAAAAAAGACAAAAAAGCCAUGAGUUGGUGGUUCAGAUCGUUCAAUCCAAUCCAUUUUAUUUAUAUAGCAUGAUUUAAGGUUUCCAAAGUGCUGCACACUAGGACUGGGCGAUUAUAUGAUCGUGGUUAAUGACCGUGAUAAAUUUCAGUUUGAUCACGGUGAUCAGCUGUGAGCUUAUUUACUCGAUCAAAUAUGGCGAAAAUGUGCAUCACAACAGCCAAUCAGAGUCGAGCUUUUCCUGCUCACUUCUUUAAGUUGCCGGAGAAGUGAACAGAGUAACUGAACAUGGUGCUGAGGGCAGUAAAACAGAUGUCAGCCAUGACUUUGAGUCAUCCUCCAAAGAUGUUAUCGUGGAGAAGAAAAAAUAUUUAAUGUCUUAUUUAGUAUUUAUCUGUUUAUUUUUUAGUUUUAAGUACAGAUGCUUUAAAACUGGCAGUUUAAAAAAAAAAAAUCGGACAAUAUGACAAAGUAUAUCGUGAUCAUCUUUUUGGCCAAAUCGCCCAGGCCUACUGCACACUAAGAUAAAAAUACAAUAAAUAAAACAACAGAAGCACAAUAGAUAAGAUAAAAAUAAAAUGAGAUAAAACACAGUCAAAUCAAAUAAAAACAAAUACAGUGAAUAAAAUCAAUAAAAUAAAAUAAAUUAAGUCAACCUCCUACUGGGUGUUAAAAGCCAAGGAGAUGAGGGGGAUCUUAAGAUGGGGUUUAAAAACAGGCAAAGAGGAGGCCUGUCUGAUGUGCUGAGGCAGGUUGUUCCAAAGUUUAGGAGCUGCAACAGCAAAGGUACGAACCCCUCUGAGCUCCCACUUUGUUUUGGGCUCUCUCAGGAGAAGCUCAUCAGCUGACCUGAGAGACCGGGAAGGAGUAUGAAAGUGUAGAAGCUCAGAGAGGAACAUUGAAGGAUUUACAAGCAAAUAAAAGAAUUUUAAAAUGAACCCCAAAAUGUAUGGGUGAAGCUAUGGUAUCAUGUGCUUGUGUUUUCUAGUGCCAGUUAAAAGACGUACCUCAGAGUUAAUCAUCAGGUUUUGAUAGAUUCAUCAGAGUUUAUAAUCUCGUGUCUUUUAUUCCUCAGGGGAGUCCCGGAAGUUUGACCCGAACUUUAAAGGGCCGAUUCAUAACAGGUAAGCUUCCUGUUUGAGUUUCGUACCUUUCCUGGAAUAUGUUGUUUCAGUUGCACAGGACAUACAUGCCCUUACUCUUCUCCUUUCCUCUCCUCUCCUCAGGGGCUGCACAGAUAUCCUCUGCUGUAUUCUCUUCAUCUUGGCUUUGUUGGGAUACUUCGCUGUGGGUAUUCUCGGUAAGUCAUUCUCCUUAUCUCUUUUUGUAGACAAAGCAUUUAUAAUGCUAACUGUCUAAAUUGUUUAUUUGUUAAAAUUUAAAGUUAUCUAUAUCAGAACAUGCCACACAGCUCACCUCGUGUUUUCAUCACACCACUUAGACCCUACUCUUAUCAGGGCGGUAUUGAGCAGCAGAGGGGUGCUCCCAGAUAACAUAGUGACUGUGCGUCUUCAUCAUAGAUUUUAGGUUAAGACAAAAAGUAACUAAAGAUAAGAAAAGAAUCCUUUAAUGAUCCCACAACAGAGACAUUCAGCAUUACAUAAUAGCAGGAAAGAAUCAACAAAGGCACAAAUAACUUAAAAUGUUAAAGAUCCUGUGAGGAGUUUUAAACUAGUUGAGAAACAGAGUAAAGUUUAUUCUGAUGCCCUUUAAUGACCUCAAAAAGAAGAUGAAACCAUCUGUGAAUAAUUUGUCUGCUGUAAUGUUUAGUUCCUGAAAUCACUGUUAUAAAUAGGUGUUAAAACAGAUGAUUGACAGCAGGCUGCAGGAACAGCUUUGUGAUACUUUAAUCACAGCGAAUAUUCACAGUCAAGUCAAGCUGUCCUCAGAGUGAGGUUUGUAUCUGAAAUCACAGUUUUUACAUGUCAUAAUAGAUGAGAGGAAUCACUUUGUCUACAAGCAGCACCAAAACCGACACAAAUCAAAAACUCCUCACAGCAGCUUUAAGUUUAAAAACAAAAAUACUGUUGAACAAUGAAGGUCGGACAUGAAGCUGUUAUUUCACGGAAGCAAAGUUGAUAUUGUUUUAAAUUGCAGAUAUCGCAAGCAUUUAAAUCUGCCAGACUGGAUUUGGUUUCUCGAUUUUUGCUCCUAUUGAAGUCCAUGCAUCAGUUUUAUCUAUAGAGGGCAUUGACCAUAUACAAGAAAACACAAACAUAUACUGUCAAGGUUCUGAAAUUUGAUGAACGUGAUACAAACGUCUUCAGUCGGGGCCUCCAAGUUGAUUAAUACUAAAUUUAUUUAUUCUUAAUAUUUAAAUCUGAUCAAUACACUGUGGGGUCGUUGUAAUGUUAACUCAAGACUGCUCACAUUGAAGAAACCAGAUAGACAGUUUUCCGCCGCUUCAUGGAAAGUGAUGAAAACUCCAUCUGAUUGUCAGAUUAUAUAUAGAUUCUUGUUUAGGGGUGUAAUCUAAAGUUUUAUGUUGAGUCAGAGGCUUGCACUGCUUAAAAUCUGAGUCUCAGCAGCUUUGCUUCCUAAAACUUUACUUUAUCAUCCAUGUAAGACUGCUGUUGUCACUGAUCUUGUAUCUUCUCUUUUAUAUUUGUUGUUUAAUUUUGGUUGACUUUAAAGUUUUUGUGCUGCUGUUCCUACCCACUUAGUUUAAUCAUCUGACAGUUUCCUGUCCUAACAUCCUCCCCCUCAUUUCUCCUCUGACAGAAUAUUAUGGGUUAUUUCUUCUCUUUAAUGCAGCUCUACAGAAAAGUUAUCUAAAUGACAUGUUUCGCAUUCAUGUCAAACUUGGGGCGUGUCACUGUGACUAACUACUUUCCAUCUUGUUUUUUUCACUGACUCUGGUUGUUUUCGAUUCAGCCUGGUCUCAGGGUGACCCAAGAAAAGUGAUCUACCCCACAGACAGCAGGGGUCAGUUUUGUGGACAAGCUGGAACACCUCUGGAGUGAGUCAGUCGACAAUGUGAACAUGAUUGUAGUAUGUCCAUGGAGACACUUUCACAUACAAACUGCUGUAUGUGUUUUCAUAAACUGAUGGAUUGUAAUGUGAGACCCGUCAUUUGAGCCAAACAAUAGAUCUGUCACUCUUUUUUAAAACCAACAGGAAGAAGCCUCUUCUUUUCUACUUCAACAUCCUCAAAUGUGCCAGUCCUCUGGUGCUGCUGGAGUUCCAGUGUCCCACCACACAGGUCAGAGUCAGCAUCUGCUCUCAUUUUUCUCUGUGUCAGCCAUAGACUGUAUAUAGAAUAGACACGGUCUGCCUCUUCACUGGGAAAAGCCUCUGCGAGAACAGCACCCUCUGGUGACUGGUUGCAGUAUAUGACAUAAAUCCCACCUCCUCUAGCAAACUUAAUGGAGCUGUAGACAAAUUAAUUACACAGAAUAUACAUUUUUCUCCUCCUGGUUUCGAUGUUGACAUGUAGUUACUGUCAGACUGGUUUGUGCUAAAGUCCUCUUUUUUCUGUGCAGCUCAGUUUUUAAGCGUUAUAGGGGGUUCAUGUUUUCUAUGAUUGACACUUGAUACAGCCUAUGGGCGUACGAAGAUUGCGUAGAUCAUCCGGGGUACGCUGUUUGAGCUGGGAGUCAUCACAGCAACUCUCCGUCUUAAAUGCCAGAUUCAGGAAAUGGAGAAAAAUCUUGAAAAUGUUAUAUAUUAUUAUAAAAACAUUAUAUUAUAAAAUAUUAUAUACAGUCUAUGGUGUUGAGCAUUUUCCUCAUUUUCAUAACGCCUCACACUGUCAUCUUUAUGUUGUUAUUUUGUCCAGUUAUGUGUGGAAAAGUGUCCUGACAGACAUCUGACUCUGGUGAAAGCCAAGUUAGGAGGAAAAGAAGACCGUGAGUACUACCAGCAGUACUGUAAGGACGGAGUGGACUUUGCUAAACUGGUGAGAGCUCAAGUAUUUCAACUUUUUACAUUUUUAAUAUGUCGUAGUGAUUGCAGUUAGAUGACACCUAGCUCUGUUUUUCCAUGGUUUAGAGCCCUCCUGAGCUCCUGAGGGAUGGCCUGUGUCCUACCAUGCUUAUACCCAGUAAAGCCUGUAAGUAAGAAGUUUCUGUUACAAGUUUCUGAAUCCAAACAGCUGCUGUUUUGCUUUAAAACUAAAAAACAUGACUGAUGAACUACAUAAACAGCUGUUGUCCUUUCUGCACAGUCACACGCCGCUGCCUCCCAGCUCUGGGAACCAUGAAAGGCGGGGUGGUGGUGGUGGGAAAUGAGACCACUUUUAAUGACGGACAGGGGGUCAAUAUCAACGCCACUGAGAUCCUAGAGGCAUCCAAGUAAGUGCUGUCCCCCCUGUAUGGAAAACACAAGGUUAAUUUUAAACUGUUUGCAUGCUAGACUCCAAGUAAAGACAUAACUAUGAUAUAUAUUUUUUAAUUCUAUGUUGCAGCCCCAGUAGCUAAUAUAAACUCAUUUAUAUUUAUGAUUCACCAUACUGUAGUUUAAAUCGAACAUUGCAUGACAGAAAUUGAAGUUAACUAUAUUUAAAUCAUGAGUUUACUCUAUAAAUGUCUCUCAAUGAUACAAAGGUGAUAAAAGGAGAGAAGACAAUAUCCAGGCCUUUAGAUUUUAGAUUUUAUUGUGUGUGUAGUGUGUCUGUCAAACUGUCACAUCAGAACCCCAUCUUUCUGACAAAUGCUGGAAUGACUUUAAAAUGUGUCUGGAUAACUUCUCACAGUUAACUUAAUGAGUACUGUCAAUGGUGUGGCGGUGGUUGUUGGUUGUAGCACAUCUGCAGGAGAAGAUGCGCUUUUCCAUUGUCAAUGUCUUAAUCUUUGCUGUGUGUAUUUUGCUGUUAUUUCUUUAUUUUUUAUUUAAUUAUUGAACUUAUUUAGUUAAAUAUUAUUAAAAUUAUUAUUAUUAUUAAUUUACCCUUUAUUUAUUUACUUUUAGAAAUUUAUUUUAUAUUAUUAUUAUAAUAAUAAUAAUAAUUAUAAUAUUUUAUUAUUAUUUUACUGUUUAUUUAUUUACUUUUAUAUUUUCUUUUAUAUAUUGUUGUUAUUAUUACUAUUAUUAUUAUUUAAGGAGAUGUAGGUUAGAGUUAGCCUAUGGGGUCUGUUUUGGGAGGGGGAUGGGUUUGAAUGAAAUUUGAAGUUCUGUUGCUGUUAUUGAAGUUUUAUACUGUUCAUGAAAAAAUAUUAAUAAAUAAAUUCUUUUUAAAAAACUGUUUACAUCAGGUGGUUAAAAUAGUUCUUGAUUAUUUGGUAAUGUGGUCAUACAUCCCUUUUAACUUCAGCUUUUUACAAAUUUUGGUCUUCAAAGGAUUAAACACUUUGUACUUCUCAGUGACUAUGAUACUAAAUUUGGAAAGUCGCGAUUUGUUUGUUAUUAAUAUCCUUUUUUUUUUUUUAACAGGAAAUCAAAUGUGGCUGUUGAAGCUCGCCAGGUGGCCAUGAGAAUUUUCGAGGACUACACGCAGUCUUGGCACUGGAUCCUGCUGUAAGUCUGUCCUCUCAUUAGUCAGAGAAGCACAACAGAAAACAUUGUUGAACGUUCAUAUGACAAAAAACCUCAACAACUCCAGCCAGCCAGCUUCGUUACCGCCUGUUUGACUGAUGAUGUUAAAGGGAUAUUCCGCUGUAAAUUUGAGGUAUGAUCAAACAUUUGUUGUUUCCUCCUUCUCCAGCGGUCUGGUGAUUGCCAUGGUUGUCAGCUUGAUUUUCAUCGUCUUGCUGAGAUUUUUGGCCGGUGUCAUGGUCUGGGUCAUGAUUAUUCUGGUCAUUCUCGUCAUCGGAUACGGUAAGUCUUUUGCUAUAAAUGAUGAUAAAGUUAAAAUCAGGUCCAGAAGAAGUACGAGCUUCUUAACCUGGUAACUUCUCUCUCAGGAAUUUUCCACUGUUACAUGGAGUUUGCGAGUCUGAAGGGAGAGCCCGGCGCUGAUGUGACCAUCCGUGACCUUGGCAUCCAGACAGACUUUGCUGUGUACCUGCAGAUCAGACAGACCUGGCUGGCAUUCAGUAUGUAUCCCUCUGUUCAUCUCUGUAUUCACUGUUUAUGGCUCCUGUGAUCUAAUACCUCACCGUUUCACAGUGAUCAUCCUGGCUAUUGUGGAGGUCAUCAUCAUCCUGCUGCUCAUCUUCCUCAGGAAGAGAAUCAUGAUCGCUAUCGCCCUCAUCAAAGAAGCCAGCAGGUCAGCUCUAAAUCCGUCACUGGCAUUUUGCAGAAUCACCUCCUUUAGCAUCUAGGCAGAGUGAUAGGAUCUGCAGAUAUCUUUUACAGCUGCAUUGAGUAGUAUUACAUUUAUUUGUCAAAUUCUUUAAAGGGACAAUGAAAAUACGUAUGGUUUUUAUUUGUGCUGAUCUGCAGCCUUUCCAGAUUUUUCCCUCAUCAGCAUGAAUCUUUGAUGAACCCUCUGUAGUCUAGCUCUGAAAGACGCAGUGAGCUCCAGUAUAGUGACCAUUAUGGAGGAGAAGUGUGCUGAAUAUUAGAUUUUGAUGCACCAGGUGGUGAGGAGGAACUCAUCCAAAUGAACGCUAAUCUCUCUCUUUCAUUGUUGGGCGUGAAAAUAUGUGUUUAGUUUACAAACAUAUUUGUUUUAUUAGACUAAAAUCCUGUCAUCGUCUUCUUUUCCAGAGCUGUAGGACAUGUGAUGUCUUCGCUGUUCUACCCCCUGCUGACCUUUGCCCUCUUAGCAGUGGUGAUUGCUUACUGGGCCAUCACUGCUGUGUAUCCUUUAACCUGUCGACAUGAUAAUCAAAGAUUUAAUUCCAUCUCUUUACUGCACACUGUAGUUCAAUUAUUCUGAAUCUUCUUUGCAAAUGUCGUAUUAAAUUAUUGUUGUAACUUCGGCUGUAAUCAACCAAAGAAAUUCUUGUUCGACUAAAACCACGAAAUUUUCGACAAAAAAUCAAUUAAACACAAAAAGCUGGUAUAAACACUCAAGAUAAAAAUAAAUAUUCAGAAAACCACUGGACGUUGAUUAACGUGGACGCUCUUCAAUCUUCCUGUCUUUAGCCGGUCUGCAGUGGGAUGGGCGAAUCCAAAAUGCAAGGGGGGUGUUCUGAGACAGACUGUUACCUGUGAAACAGGGGUGCUCUGAAAAUACCCCCAUUAGCACUUGGUAUGUUCCUCCUGGUGAAAUUUACCAUCGAUUGUAAACUGACGCGGAAAAAAAUCUAAUUAACCAAUCGUCAUGUGAUCAUAGGAGAGGCCAGGGUUGUGGGAUGUGGGUGUUUAUAUUCACCGUCGAUCUCAUUCAACGUGAGAUCUUGUGAGAUCUUGUCCAGUCUUGCAAGAAAUAUCUGUAAUAUUGCAAGCCCUUCUCCUCCGCUUGCGGAAGUGGAUUGGAUUCGGUGGGCGCUGUAUGCUUGCGUUUUUGAUCCGCCUGCCAUUCCAGAGCGGAGCAGAUCUGCAUGCGGUGGAAUCCUGGCAUAAGUUGAUCAGUCGACUAGGACUUUACAGCCCUAGUUGUAACUUGAUAUGGGUAACUGAUUUUUUUUCCGUUUACUUACUGUACACACAUGCUCUUUGUUGACAUAAUCUCCUUGACUGUUUUGACCAGUUUCUUGUCCACCUCUAAUGAGCAGGUGUACAAAGUGUUUAACACCUCCGAGUGUGAGUACUCCCGGGAGACCUGCGACCCCAAGGUACGCUUUAGAUAUCGCUGUGAAUUCAAAUUAAAGGUGUUUAUUUAUUUCAACCAAUUAGUCCAAAUAUGUUCUGCUUUAAUUAGAGAACUUUUAGGAAGAAGUACUGUUCAACUGUGUAUCAGGGCGGUAUCAAAGGUUUCAUUUUGAUUUGCUGUAUGAAAAUAAAACUUGUCUACUCCUGUUUUCUCGUCCUCUCCAGACCUUCAACACUUCGAACGCGUCAGCUCAGUGUCCUGAUGCAGAGUGCCUGUUUGCCUUCUACGGUGGGGAGACCCUCUACCACAAAUACCUCAUCCUGUUCCAGUUCUACAACGUCUUCCUCUUCUUCUGGUGCGCCAACUUUGUGACAGCCCUGGGCCAGGUCACUCUCUCUGGGGCUUUCGCUUCGUAUUACUGGGCCUUCAAGAAGCCUGAGGAUAUUCCAGCCUACCCCAUUUUCUCCUCACUGGGACGAGCCCUCAGGUCAGACACUGACUCUGUAACUGUGUGUGCAAUCUGUCAACCUCCAUGUUAAGUUCAAUAAACCUUAUACUAGGUCUGGGCGAUAAACCGAAAAUUUACCGAUACCGAAAUUUACAUCAAUAACUGACAUCAUUUUGCCCGUAUCAGUAUAUUCAGUGUCAAAAAAUAGAUAAAUAAAAGUUGGUUUUGGAUGUGUAUAGGUAGGCUAUGGUCUCAUGUCCCUUUAAGAUGCUGUCCUACAGUAGAGAUGUGACUGUUCAAAAGUUGUAGCGGCUGAAGUAGACAAGAGCUGCGUCCGAAUUGCCAAGUAGUAGUCGAAGUAGUAGUCGAAGUAGUAUCCAGCAUGUCCGAAUUGGCCACCGGAGCGAGUAGCAUGCUACUUCAGAUACUACUUCAGAUACUAGACACGCCCACAUUGUAGGUUGGUCGCGGUGCAUCCUACGGGCAUGCUACUGACGCAAAAUGCACCGUGGGCUUCUUCUUCGUCCUCUUAAAAGUUGUAGAAGCGCAUGUGAUGCUAGCGCCACCAGCAUAGAUGCGUCGCGAACGCCGGCUGGCCACAGCAGCGCGCACCAUGGCGGUUUCAUGUAACUUCACACACUGUCCUAAAAAAUGUGCGGUUGUAUCUCUUUGUCAUGUCAUGGUGUCAUAUUUGCCCAAGUAAUCAUUUUAUGAGCAAAUAUGUGGCGACAUCAUGGAGGUAAAGCUCACUUAUUCCAUCAUUAAACUGCACAGCUGCAGUACUACAGCCAGGGCCGCAGAUGAGGGCUUCAGUUACCACUGUCUGCACGGGCGCAGUACCUACUCUCUGCCUGCGGGGGCCAUCUUUCCCCACCGCUCAUCUAGUGUGUCCGAAUUGGGCCAACGUGUUUAGGAUGUAGGAGUAGGAUCUAGCAGUAGCAUGUAGCAGUAGCAUGUAGUAUCCGAGCGGGCAAUUCGGACGCAGCAAAGGUCAAUGUAGGAGGGGGUGAGCAGCCUGCGGCGUAAUUAUCAUCCAUUUUUCGUUAUCGAGGUGAACUGCUCAUUAUAUCGUGAUAUUGAUUUGAGGCCAUAUUGCCCAGCCCUACUUUAUACUACCUAUAGCCGACCUAUAAAAACUUCUGCUUCUGUUUCUUUCUGUGGUCCAGAUAUCACACAGGAUCUCUGGCCUUUGGUUCUCUGAUCCUGUCUCUGGUCCAGGUCAUCAGGGUCAUUCUGGAGUACUUGGAUCACAAGCUGAAAGGUGAGAAGACUGUGCUUUCUCUGUCACUUCUCUCCAUGUUCAUCCUUUUAUUCUAACCCAUGAAACAGUCCAAUUAUUCCAAUCCUCAGUUCUCAGUUUCUGAAUUGUAACCUGUCUGACCUUUAGGUGCCCAGAACAAGUUUGCUAAAUUCAUGCUGAGCUGCAUGAAGUGCUGCUUCUGGUGUCUGGAGAAGUGUAUUAAGUUCCUCAACAGAAAUGCCUACAUCAUGGUGAGUUCCUGUAACUGGACGAAGCAUUUGAUAGACGAUGGAUUGAAUAGGUUUUAAGGUUUUUAACUUUUUAAUUCGUCUCGCAGAUCGCCAUCUAUGGAAAAAGUUUCUGUCCUUCAGCUCGAGACGCUUUCUUCCUUUUAAUGAGAAACAUCCUCAGGUUUGGUGACAUUACAUUUACUCUCAGAGUCAUUGAAGAAAAAUCAAUCAGAAGCUACUUUGAGGUUGUUUCAAAUUUAGAUGUUCUCUUGAUUGUCUCAUCUAUGUGGAUUUCAUUGCAGGGUUGCUGUUUUAGAUAAAGUGACGGAUUUCCUGCUGUUCCUCGGGAAGCUCCUCAUUGUCGGCAUCGUCGGUAGGAGGGUGUUUAUUUUUAGACGGAAAAUAUCUGUUUCCAAGAGUGUAAAGAGAUCUGACGGUGUCUUUUGAUCAUCCUCCUCUACUUCCACAGGGAUAUUCUCCUUUUUCUUCUUCUCUGGAAGGAUCAAAGCUGUGGAGGAGGCGGCUCCAUCUCUUAACUACUACUGGGUGCCAAUUUUGGUGAGAGACAGCAGCGUAUAUAUAUAUAUAAAUGUAUGAUAUGAUCUGUUUCUCUGAGAGCUUCAACCCACAGCAGAGUUCUUGAGGUGUGGUUUUCUUUACCUAGACUCUGGUUGUGGGAUCCUACCUCAUCGCCCACGGCUUCUUCAGCGUGUACGCCAUGUGUGUGGACACACUCUUCCUCUGCUUCUGUGAGUAACUUUACAUUCAGAUGUCUCUCCUGCGAAUCUCCUGUCCUGUUUGAAAUCACUUAUUCAGCUUCUGCUUCUUCUGCUUGUUUCCUAACGUGUUUCUGAUUCUUCUCCUCUCUGUCUCCCAUUAAUUUCACUUCACUUUAUUUCAUACUUCCUUUAUGUUGUGGUUUGGUUUCCUCUUUGAUUCAUCCUCAUAAAAACACACGCACGCACGCUAAAGGCGAAGACUUGGAAAGAAAUGACGGCUCGUCUGAAAGGCCGUACUUCAUGUCCGUUGAGCUGCAUGAGAUCCUCUCGAAAGCAAAGAGGCUGGAGGAGGAUGGUGUCGAGCAAGCCGAUUCUGCAAAGCAGGUCAACAGUGUAAAACUGGAAGAGGAGACCCCACUUCAACAGGAACCAGAUGGCGAGAUCCAGCUCAAACAGCAGACCUUGGUCAAGCAGGAGCAGGAAGAGGCGCAACCUCUGCAGACUACGACUGAUGCUGAGAAAGAGGAGAAAAAGGACGAACAGACAGUGAGUCCGGCAGAGGCGGGAGAAAAGAAAGAAGAGACGGAGGUGAAGGAGGAAGCAGAAAAACAGGAGUUGAUAACGGAGGAAAAGACAGAGAAGGUGUCGUCGCCAGUCGUAGAGUCCCAGGAGGAGGUCACUGAAGAGACGAAGGAGGAGGCUAAGGAGUUAAAAGAAGAGACUCCUCCCGCUUCCAAACAGGAAUAAUAUUUAUUGUCAGGGCAAAAAAAAAAAAAAUCAAGCUUGAUAAACCUCAUGAAGCAUAAAGAAUGAAAACAAUACUUCAAACUUUGUGGUACGGACCUGUUAUGUGUGUGGCAUACAACAAGCUAAAAAUCCCGAACGCCUUGCUUUGUGAGUGGUGUGACGUUGUGCUGGAGAAAGUCGCGGUGGCUCUGUGAAGGAUGAAGCAGGUCAAAAGCCCAGUGCAUCUCUGUAGCUUGAACAACUGCUCUCUUGUGUUGGUUUUAGAACAGUGUUGGUUUUUAUAUCGUGAAGAUCUGUAGAACUUUGUGAGUGCUGAACCUGUGCCUGAUCGCUGUCACUAAUAUUUGUCGUUUGAAUCCAGUUAAAGGGAUAUUCCGGCGUAAAUUUAAGUGAUGGUCAAUCACACCGUAACACCGAGUUAGACACCCACUCGAGAGAUGAAUGUUGCCGACUGCUUCCUUCUCUAGUUAUACCAACUUAAGUAAAGACCGCACGAUAGCAACACACAGCGGUCUAUGUCUCAACGUGCAAAUCUCAACCAAAAAGCCACUUUAUAACCACAAAUAAUGCUCAGAACAGCACCUAACUUCAUCAACAGUACAUAUAGGGUCCAAGCCAUUACAUUAGCCAUCAAACAUGCCUGGUUUCCUUUAGCAAAGAGACCAAACACAACUCACUCACUACCCUCCAGGAGCUGCUUGUUUGUGGGGGGAGCCCUGACGAGUCAAUCACCAAGUGCAGUGGAGUUUCGCAGCUCAAGGAAGAACAUUUAUGAUUGUUACUUCAUGGAAAUGCUAUCAGACCGUGAUGCUAAUGGAACUCUCACACCAAGUUCAAGUAAAAUCAUCUACCCUAUUACUUGCGGGAAUGAAUAGUAUUUACUCGCUUCGUUUGCGCGUUUAUUGUAAUUUCAACGAUAAUCCCUGCCAAUUCAACCAGUGGGAUCAAAUGAUAGACAAAGGUCUUUUACAAUUAAUCAAGUAAUCCGACCUCCUUACUCAUUUGCCUCCAGGCAAGCUCCUUUUUAUUCCAGUUUCAGUUAUUGAAAGAAAGGGUAUCACAUUAUUCGAGGAACCCACACACCAACACGAUCAGUUUUUCCUCCAUUUUAGAUACUUCACCCAGCAACUUUCGUGCUGAUUAGUUCUCCCAAUGCAAAUAUCCGCUCAAGUUGAGACAUUUUCAGCUCCCGCCCAAUUUGCGUCAUUCGCGCCGCCACAGUAGUAUGAGCGUGUGAUCACGUCUUUGCAUUGACUUAACAUGUAAUUCAUUCGCGCGAAUGAUUUUACUCGCACUCCAUGUGUGGAGACAGUAAGGCAGAAGAACUACCAUGUCUACAGCGCAAAAUGAUUAUUACGACGAUUAUUACUUGAUGAAGAUUCACUGUUCGGUGAUCGAUUCGUCAGGGCUCCCCUCACAAACAGGUGGCUGCUGUGUAUUGUUAUCGCGCCGUCGUUGCUGAAGUUGGUUUAACUAGAGAAGCGAGCAGUCGGCAACAUUCAUCUCUCAAGAGAGUGUCUAACUCUGUGUUACGGUGUGUUUGACCAUAACUUAAAAUUACGCCGGAAUAUCCCUUUAACGAAUGCACUACAGAACCACUCAGUACCGUGUUUACAGUCACAACACACACUUCUCAACUUCUCGAUGGUGAAUCUACUUCACUGUUUACAAUAAUACCAGCUGACGCCAAAAUGUUACAGACAUAUUUGAUAUACUGUAUGAAUAUUGGAUCUUUUUCCUAUGGAACUUGUAUAUCUACAGUAGUGUAUGUCUUUUGUUUUUGGCUGUGGUCUUGUAGAGAUCCCUGCCAAGAUGAUAUCCCAUGUAUUGUAUUGCCACCUACUUGCCUUGGUAUUUCGUACAGGUGUAAGUCCUGUGAUUGUGUGGCCAUGACGCGGGAAUCGUGACCUCUCUGCAGACCCCGACUCUCCCGUCCCCCAUCCUCCACAAUUGUACAUUGACCCUGCUUGCCUUGCUUUGACCCUGUCCUCUUUGUAUCUCUCUCUAAGUGCUGCAUGGUGUUUACAUGGCCUUCUGGAUGCUCUAAACUAACAUCUUUGGUCUUUGGAUGCUUUUGUAUUUUUCUCUUGUUUGUCACUUUGUGUAAGAUGUAAGUUGAUUUUCCACUGAAAUCACUUAUGACAUUCCGUAUUUAUUGGAUGUAUAUCUCAAUUAAAGGUGAUUGCAUUUAACCGUGGCAUAUCUGUUCAUGGUGCAUACUUGUUUCAAUGAGUCUCAGCUUUUGGGAGCAGGUGAGUUUCGAUCUUCAACAGAGUCAGAGAGGCAUUUGACUUUUGUCUUUAAAGGAGUAUUCCAACUAUUUACUUGUUUGCUUUUGCUAAUUUGAAAUAGUUUUUUGUAAAUUUACCCAUUACAUUUAAUUUUAGGUUUUUCGUUUUCUUUAAUAAAUGACAUAAUUAUUGAUUGUGAAAUUAUGGUGGCCUAGAACCGCCACUGCUGCAAAUAGAAAAUAAUGCAAAAAAAGGAAGCCACAACAGAAGUUAACGACUAAAAAAAGUUGCGAUGUAAAAAAAAAAGUUACCUACUGCAAAAAUAAAAAAGAUGCAAAAAAAAAGCCACAACAGAAGUAAACGACGCAAAAAAAGCAGCGAUGUAAAAAAAAUGCUACUUACUGUGAAAAUAAAAAGAUGCAAAUAAAAAAAGCCACAACAGAAGUUGUGUUUCACGAUCUAGCCAAAGAAGACGACGGCAAGAAGAACCUUCUUCUUAAAAGAAGAGCUUUGUAAUCUUUUCAGUGUGUCAUUUGGUUAGGCCAUGUUGCGCCUGAGUCGAUAUGAAGUUGAACUGAAGGAUGCCGGUGUAGUGUUAGCUUUGGCUAACAGGGGAAACCCACUGCGCCCCAAAAGACCACCCACGAAAGGAGAAUCGAGUUUGGUUGCUUUACUCAUAGAAAUAAGUUCGCAGACCCCUCGCUUUUUUUUCAUUAUUGGUCCCCGGCAGCUCACUUCCGUUGUGGCUUUUUAUAUUUGCAUCCUUUUAUUUUUGCAGGGAGUAACUUUUUUUUUGGGGGGGGGGGAUCUGCACUUUCUUUGCGUCGUUAACUUCCGUUGUGGCUUUUUUUUUUUAAAUCGGCACCAUUUUUUAAAUUUUCAGCAGGCUCCAGUUUCUUUUUUUUCAUCUGUAACUUCCAUUGUAGCUUUACUUUUUAGCAUUAUUUUUUACUUGCUGCAGUGGUAGUUCUCGGCCACCGUAUGAAAAAGGUACAAUCAAAAGAAAUACAGAACAAAAAUCCUAAGUAAAAAAGACAGAACAUAUAUAUAUAUAUAUAUAUAUAUAUACAGUAUAUAUAUAUAUACAGUAUAUAUAUAUAUAUAUGUAUAUAUCCUUCUCCUACCUUUUCUGAGUGAUUCACUCUCCAGGACUGUGACAUCUAUCAGAUUAAACUGUUAUCACAUUAUUUUAAACAGACUGUAAAACUCUAAGCAUAAUUUAAAUUAACCCUUUGACUGCUUUAUUGGGGGGCUGUGCAGGUUUCAAUCGCCUACGAGUACUCCUAAAUAACAUAUCAGAGUGCACUACCACAAAUUAACUUUAUUUAUACAGAGAAAGUUUGACCUCUGUCAGAAAAAUGUUCCUCAAUUGCUUCUGUCCUUGUCACAGUGGAGGAUCUGGAGCGCAACGAUGGAUCCACAGAGAGGCCUUAUUUCAUGUCCCAGAACCUGCUCACAGUCCUGAAGAAGUCCAACGAAGAGCCCAAAUCUGUGGACUAAAUCACAGCUUUGUGUGCUGUGAGUGUGUGUUUGUGUGUCUGUCAGCACGCAUGGUUGUACAUGUGUUAAAUAUAAGACAAAUCUGAACAAAAGGAAGAUUAUGACAGUAUUUUAUGUGCUACAUUUUGUAUGUAAAGUUUGUGUUUUUCUGUCAAAGGGCUUCUCUGAUGUUGUACAGUGUAUUAUUAAUUGUAUUUGUAAUUCACUUUGUUACAAAGCCUUAAAACCUUUCACUUUUGUACAUGCCAAACAGGUCAUUUUGAUACAGAAGGACCAAAGGGAGCUUAAGUCAGAGAUUACAGUUUGUUUUGAAUGUAUUUUUCCCAUUUCUUGUUAUUUGUUUGUAUAUUCGAUCAUGCAGUUUGACGAGAAGCUGUAAAGGGUCCGAUAUCUUUCAGUGACAUCUCCUCUUGAGGCAGAUGUAGUUUGUUAGCACAUUAAGCGUACUGCACUGUUUUAAAUAAGCUUAACAAAGUAAUGUUGAAUAAUGGGGCUGAUAACAGUUAAGUAUGAUACUAAAAGCCUGAAAAGAUUCAAGAAUAAAUCAUGUCUCUUUUUAUGUUUUUAAGUUGUUUUUUAAUCCAAAAGUAUUUGAAGUUUUAAAGAUUUUGUUUAUUUUUAGGGGAUAUUUCCCUUUUUGUGUGAGCUAACAAAAGAUAUGUUGCCAUUUUAGUGUUCAAAGUGGCCACCGUGUCUGAAAAUACAGACUCAUCAAACGCAUUUUAUAAAACAGUAAAUAUUCAGGUUGACAUUAUCACCUUUUUAGUCACUGACAUGAUCUGUAAUUUCAAUUCUCUUACAACCCUGAUUCUUUUAUUCCAUUAUAGGAUAUUAAAAGUUACAUGAUGAAUCUGUAUUUUUGGUAUGUUGUUGUUCGAGUGUCGAAUCAAACUGAGAUGCAACGAAAACGAAACCAUAGGAUACAUGACUGAUAAACGGGGCAUCAUUUGUCCAAGAAAAAUGUUGGAUAUCCAAAGAGAUUUCCUGGUGUUGGAGUUUCAAUGUCUUUAAAAAUAAUACGAACUGUUCUGCUGGUUUCUUUAAUGGUCAUUCAGACUCCAGAAUAUACAAAAGAUUAAACAGUUUGCCAUUA